AUGGCUGUCACCGCCGGUGACAGUGAAAUAAUCAAAAGUGUCCUCACGCUGGUCGGUGAGCACAAGUCAAACUCGGAAAAGUUCACUUCAGUCGCCAUCGCAGCAAGAUUCGGCCUCCGCAGUGUACUGAAGCACUUGCCCAGAAUCUCCAAUCCCAACAGGCUCGGUGCAGACGGCAAGACACCACUAUGUCGCGCAACAACACCUUUUGAAAAGCAAGACAACGACACGAGCGCUCUCAAUGUUGCGGUCAGGUCUAAUCAGGCACAGAUCCCGAAGCUCUUCCUUGAUCUUGGUGAAGGAGCUGCUUCCAAUGGCUGGGCAACAAAAAUUAGAGAAACCCACGGUGUGAGCGAGUGUGAUACCGAGUUAGACGCUCAUGAACACGAUCCUGUUCACAGCAGAGACCUUGAAAUGAGAGGUGGGCUUUUGCUAGCCGCAGAGAAAGGAUUCUCAGCCAUCGCAUUACUCAUGAUUCAGAAUAUGGACGUGAUCGAUCUGGUCGACAAUCGUCAAAAUACCAUUCUCCAUCUAGCGGCCAAGGGAGGAACUCAUGAGGUAUGGAAAGCUGUCCUAGAAUACGGCAAAAUUCACGUUGACGUGAGCAAUGAUAACCGCAGGACGGCUCUUCCGGAAGCGGCACAACGUGGAUUCGCUGAUUGUGUUUCGGAAUUGUUGAUGCACGACGCGAACCAUCUGGCCCGUCUAGAUCCAUUCACGUCCAUCGAACUCGUCGUGAUGGGUAAUCAGAAGGAAGCUACGAAGGCACUGCUGGAAAAGCAGCAUGACAAAGAUGCCUUGGGAGAGGCUCUAGAGCGUGCUGCCAUUGACGACCGCACGGAUCUUGUUACCCUCCUGCUAGAUGAGGGUGCAGACGUGGACUAUGUCGACGGUGUGGGCGAUACCUUUCUGCACCUUGCGGCCUAUCUUGGAAGAGAACGGGUCGUCGAGAUCCUCCUGAGGAGGAGGGUUGAUCUCGAACUAAAAGGUAUGAAAAAGUGGACGGCCCUGGCCAUGGCAACGAUCCAAAAGAAGGCGAGUGUGAUGAAGCUACUCCUGGACGCCGGUGGGGAUCCCAAUUCCAAAGACCAGCAUGAUAUGACUCCGUUGAAUCUGGCCAUCGCCAAGGCUCACGCGCAGAAUGCGGCGCUGCUUCUGCCUCGAGGAGCCAAGAUCAACACGUGCAGUCUGCUCGCCAUGAACACCGAGUCCAUCCAGGAUUCUGGGCUGAACUUGUCGGCAGCUCUCAAUCGCGCCGUCCAGAAAAAAGACCUUGACAUGAUAUCACUACUAUUGGAUCACGAAGCUGACCCUGAAGACACCAACGUUUCGGACCUCGAAGAUCCUGUGCUUGAGAUUGGCAGUCCCCUUCAUUAUGUGGCGUUUCAUUGCUUGCACGAAGUAGCCGAGCUGCUCCUGGCGCACGAAAAGCGGAAGGUCAAUCCCGAGGACCAGCUGAAGAUGGUCAAGUUCCUCGUCAGAACGGGCGGUAACCCGACGUUUCCCGGUGGCUCCUAUGGAAAUCUGCUCAACUGCGCCGUGGCCAAUGCGUGCGCAUCGAUCUUGGAGGACAUUAUGGCGGUCUGCGAUUAUAAGGGAAUCAGUGUCAAAAAUGCAGAUGUAGAGGGCAAACUCGCCUCACAUUUCGCCGCGACCGGCCCAAACCAGCGUGCCUUCGAGUUGGUGCUGCUUCCUAACCUUGGAGCCAAGGACAAGCAGGGCCGGGUUCCCAUUCACUUUGCCGCAGCAGCUGGCUCACUCCCCGCGCUCAGAUUUCUUCUGGGGCACUCAGUUAACCUAAUACAGGUAGACAAAGAGACUGGAACCCCUUGCACUGGGCCUGCCGGCAAUGGGAUGCGGAAGUUGUUCGCCGCAUUCUUGAAGCGGGUGGCCAGUCUUUCGUCGACGACAAGACCGUUGAGGGCUACACGGCUGAAGAUAUUGCAAUUUCGCACCAAAAAACACACUUUUCCCCUACCUGAGCCAAUUAUGAUGACGUGGGCGUUGCUGAUGUUGACGAAGAUGAGCUAUCGAGGCUAG